GUUGAACUCGCAUCACAGUUCCUGAUAGCCGCAUAUCUUCAGUCAGUGCAGCGACCGGAACUGUAAAACCGUCUCAUCCCACUCCGCGCGCGCGGGCAGAUUUACAGUAUCCUUCAGCUGCACGAGACAAACAGCAGCAAUUAUCUGGCGGGAAAGAACGCGACGUCAAACACACGGCAAAUCAGCAUCGGUGAACAAACAAGCUGAGAUUUCAUCGUCCUUACAAAGAGAGAAGACAGCAUCUGAAGCUCGAGGCGCAGUGUGAUAUGGAGCUGCGAAGGUUUCGUGUUCCGGUUGAGGACGUUUGAAGCAACGGCUUUUUAUACGCCACCUCAUUUCAUGGACCACUCUUCGAUGUAAAACUAGUUUACGCUAAUUUCGGCGAAUUUGAUUAGGUGUACCUAUCGAAAAGGACUUUUGUUUACCUCGACAAGUUUUUUCUCUUCUAAAUUACUACGAUUGUGCUCUCUUUUUUCCUCUCAUUUAAGGAACCGUCGAUGAAAAGUCGCUCGGGAUGUUGACAACUCCACAUAAACGGAUAUGAAAUAAGGAACACUUCGAUUCGCUUCAUCUUAAGACUGUUAAUACGCCGCGUUUCUUGUCUCCCAAACCCGUUCGCUUCACGUUUAAGCGGUUUUAGGACGCCAGAAGUCGAGGGGGAAAAACCGCCGAAAGUCGCUCACGCGGAUUCCGUAACAGUUCUGCAGAUGUGCUCUGGUUCAAUUCUAACCUUCGUGGUGUUGAUGGAGAGCCUUUCGAAUGACAGCCGGGACAGUGGUAAUCACAGGAGGAAUUCUAGCUACAAUAAUCUUACUGUGCAUUAUCGCUGUACUGUGUUACUGUAGGCUGCAGUACUAUUGCUGUAAGAAGGAGGAGUCGGAGUCAGAGGAGGAGGAGCCUGACUUCGCCGUCACGUCUCGUAUGCCGCCGGUGCAUUCAAACCACAACAUCCUGGCGGCCACUGUCCCAACGGCAGCCACUCCCAAUGGGCCUGCUCUCUUCACGCCCCCGCCGACACGAAAACUGACACGUUCACAGACGUACUGUCCAUCCUGUACGCAUUACGACCUGCCAUUUUACCUGCAGCAACCAGACGGCCUAAGAAAUGGCGGUGAACGCAUUAGCUACCGCAGCAUGCAUCAUCAGGAUUUGGGGCUGCCCACCCCGCUCCCUGCCCCGUUGCCCAGCCCGCUGCCCACCCAGCUGCCGAUGCCGCUACCCAACUACCACAAACUAAACCUCAGCCGCUCUGUCACCAUGAGGGAGAUGUUCACGCGAAGCUGCAGCAUUAGCACUGACGUGUAGCCAGCCAAAAUGAUAUAAUGCUAAAUGCUAAUUGCUAACUGCAACAACACAGGCAACAGACUCAAUUCUCAUGGAAAGACAUAAUUUGUCAUUUCAUACUGUAGUGUUUGCCUGCGUAAAAACAAUGUCAACUAUGUCCUCUGGAAACUCCCAGAGUGCCAAGCUUAGGACCACGACCCAGUGUGUUUGUUUGUAACUGGAAACUUUAAAGGCAAAAAUGGGCUGAGAGCAAAUUUGGACACCAUCUCCCUCCCUAUGCGCAUCUGCUUCACUCCUGAAUCCCUUGUUUUGUGUUUUUGGUAAUUGGAAAGAAGAUUCAGAAAAUAAGGUUAAAGUUUUCAUGCUUUCCUUACAUUUUUCUCAAAAGACAUCAAUACAUGGAAACGCUGACGUCU